AUGAAGAACAACGUGACGGUCGUAUUAUCGAUAGGCAUGUAUUUGCUGUCCUCUAUAACGUCCGUUUUUGUAAACAAGCAUGUGUUGAUGGAAGGGGCUAUUGACACAGUUUUGUUAAUAUUCAUUCAGCAUUUAUCCUGCCUGAUACCUUUACAUAUAUUCAAAUGUUAUCUUACGAGGGAACAAAAGAAGGAUAACAUUAAGGGGGAAAUAUGUUCUUUAUAUGAAGGAAUUAAACAUAUGUGGAAAAUAAUUAUAUCGUUCAAUUUUACUUUAAUUUUUGGAAACAUAUGUUUGAAAUACACAAAUAUAUCAUCUUAUCAGCUAGCAAGAUCUAUGACAUUACCUUUUAAUUUCCUGUUCUCGUACUUUUUUUUCAAGCAAAUAAAAUUCACUUUUAUGAUGAUAUGGGCAUGUAUAUUGGUUUCGCUAGGAUUCUUUGUUUUUUCCGUGGAUGCAGUGAAUACCAACUUUAGAUCGGUUUUAUACGGAACAAUGGUCUCGAUCAUCCAAGCAAUCCACUUAAACUUACUGAAGCAAAAAUUGAUGAUUUAUAAAAACAAAACGAUUAUGUUGUAUUAUAAUUUGAUAUACUCGUCCACCAUCCUAUUUAUCUACCUGUUCAUAACAGGGGACAUAAUGGAAAUAUUCAACUUGAGUUGUCAUGUUUAUUUUUACCUGACUUUGUCAUGUAUUUCAUCCAUUUUCGUAACUUUUUCCUCCUUCCUAUGUAUUCACUACACGGACAAUGUUGUUUUUAAUAUGUUUGGAAAUGUUAAAUCAACUAUGCAGACAUUUAUAAGUAAAUUUUAUCAUGCGGAGGAACUGAAUGUAUAUACCACCAUAGGGAUACUGUUGACAACAUUCGGCUCUUUUAUAUACACCUAUUCAAGUGAGUACACGAGAAAGCAAAAAAUGAGUUGA